CAACGUCAGCCGCAACCAACUCAAAGGAUCAAUUUCAGAAGAGCUCGCAGGCGCCACUUCUCUUCAAGUGCUGGACCUGUCGCACAACCAGCUUGAUGGCAACUUCGAGGAUUUGCCAUCUUUCUAUUUUAAUGAUAUCAGAUACAUGGACCUCUCAUACAACGAGUUUGAAAGUGCAGUUCCAUGGCACGUCACACUGAUGUCACGCUUAGAACAUCUUGACUUCAGAGGCAACACAAUUGUGGUACCCCUACCUGACGCCAUCUCAAACCUGCAAUCUCUCUCAUUCCUAGGGCUGAGCAACAGCACAGUUGAGGACUUGCCUCUCGUUCUCUCCUUUACAAGCCUCAAGCACUUGUCGCUGGGUGGCUCCGGCAUCACAUCGCUGCCCAACAAGCUCAGCCUACUCACUGGCCUCACCUCAUUGAACGCCUCUGGCAUUGGUCUCACCGGCCCAUUUCCGCCUUCUGUCCUCAACCUCCCUAGCCUUGUUUACCUCAACUUGUCGAACAACUACAUAAGUGGCAGCAUACCGGAUAAGCUAACCUCUUUUCUCAAUCUCGAAGCACUGAGCCUCGAGAGCAACAGGCUUCAAGGCGAUGUUCCAGGGAAGCUCCUCACGCUGCCCGUGCUCAAGACACUGAUCCUCCGUAGCAACGCUCUUACGGGCAUCACCCCCCCUGGGCCCAUCAGAGCGCCAUUCAUCGAGAUCCUUGACCUGGGCUACAACAGGCUGGCAGCCAUGCCAGACUCACUCUUCUCCCUCACCACCCUCCAGCAACUGUACUUGAAUGGCAACGUCAUACCAGGCACUAUCCCAAUGACGUUUUCCGUUCUUGUCAAUCUUGACACCCUGUGGCUCAACAACAAUCAGCUGUCAGGGGCCAUCCCCCCCCUUGUCGUUGCCAUGCCCUGGCUUCGGAUGCUGAACCUGGGUAGGAACCUGCUGAAGGGGGAGAUCGAGAGCAGUGUGUUUCAGAGCUCAGACAGGGUGAUCUUCGCCCGCCCUUCAGCAUCCCGAGCGGCAACGGCUGCUGUGGCUGGUCCCCCAGCCGUUGGUGGUCCACUGCAGCUGGAGAGCCUGUGCCUGAGCGACAACUUCCUGAGCGGCUCCCUUCCCGAUUCACUCAUGACUCUCAAACGCCUCAAAGACCUUCAGCUUCAGAACAACCAAUUAAAUGGGUCCAUUCCCAUUGUUGCCCCGUUAACCGCCCUCACGAAUCUUCGUCUAGCAGACAACAACUUCACAGGCACCAUUCCACAAACCAUUGGCGGCCUCCUGCUGCUCGAGCACCUGGACCUGAGUGGCAACCGCCUCAGCGGAGAGAUUCCCGAAACCUUCACAGGCCUUGUCAAGCUCACAGUCAUCAACCUGCGGGACAACCAGCUCACAGGGCGUCUGCCCGACCCGCCACCCAACAUCGUGCAGUACCAGCUCGACAAGAACUUCUUCACUCAGGGCUUCUCCUCCCCGCCCAACUGCGCCGUUGUCUCCGUCCGCGCCAACUGCGUCCCCCAGACCGACCCCUCGCUCACCUGCCCGGGAGACAAGCAGAGGCUUCCAGAGGUCUGCUCGUCCUUCUGCGGCCUCUCUGCCUCAGACCCUCCCUGCAACGGCCACGGAGAAUGCCUCCUGGAGGGCCCGAACAAGGUUCCGGUGUGCCAGUGCUACGAGGGGUUUCAGAUCGGGGAGUACAGGGGCAGCUGCGUGCCUGUGGUGGGUGGGUCGGCGCUCAUAUCACUCCAGCCUGUGGAGGUGCCGGCUGCGCUGACUGCGACUGGGAGUGCGAGCGUGGAUGGGGUGGCAAAGUCCUUCACUCUCACGCCCCUGCAGGCGGGCACGACUGGAGCAGUGUUCCUGUCGGAAAAGGUGCCGCUCUUCUCCUACCAGCUCAUUGCUGACGGGUGCGGCCGCGAGCUUGCCUUCUCCUCCUCCUUCUCCUUCACUCUCACUCGUUCUGCCGCGGCCGGCGGCUCUGAAGGGUUUGCCUUUGUGGUGGCCUUUGAUGCCACGGCCCCAGCAGAGGUCGUGGCAGGCGGCAUGGGGUACGCGGGAAUGGCCGCUCGCAGCGUGGCAGUGGAGUUUGACACGUGGCAGGAUGGGGGAGCCAGCGGCAGUGGCGGCAGCAGCGGGACCAGCAGAAGCAGAAACAACAGCGGCGGCGGCGCCGGUGGCGGCGGCAGCGGCGGCGAACCCGGUGGGAACCACGUCGGAAUGAACGUGCACGGCAGCGCGUUGUCUGUUGCCACAGCUGCUGCCCCCACACCGCUCAAUGACGGCACUCCAAAGUACGCCUGGAUCGAAUACGACCCCUCCAUUCCUGCUGACGCCGCUGCUCCUGCAGCUACUGCUGCUGCCGCCGCUGCUGCUGCUGCUGCUGGUUCCCUGCGCCUCUUCCUCUCCUCCAGCCUCUCCCCGCGCCCGUCCAAGCCGCUGCUGUCAACGCGCGUGUCCCUGUGUGACGUUCUCCAGCCCACGCGCCUGGCGAGCACGUUUGCGGUGGGCUUCACUGCAGCAUCGGGCAGCCAGGCGCAGAGGCACGCCGUCUCGUCGUGGAACUUCACCACACGUGAGUGUGGGUGUGUCAAAUGCAUCCACUUUCCCUCACCGAAAAUGCCUUCCUCACAUCACAUCACAGCGGCGCCACUAGGCCUGCGGGUGAGCGAGGCGGCCAUCAGCCCGGCAGCGUCGGGCAUGAACCUGCUCUUCCGCUACGCCAGCUCCGGCAUCCUGCCGCCGCCGCAGGAGGGCAACGACCACAGGAACCAAUACGAAGUGCGCGUCACAUCCACGUGGCUCCUCCAGGACCUCUUCUGGCCCGUCAAGACGCAGACUGCCUGCGGCGACUGCUGGGCGUAUGCGGUGGUGGGCAGCAUAGAGGCGGCCUACAGCAUAAUGGCAAACCUCUCGGUGGCGCCGCAGCUGUCAGCGCUGCAGCUGCGCUCCUCCAUGCGCGCCGACUGCCAGGGCGGCUCGCCCUCCCAGGCCUUCGCCUUCCUCCUCAAAGCUGCCCGCAGCAAGGCAGUGGUCCGGGGGAGGAAUGUCACUGUGAAUCAACAGGAGAGGCGACUUCUUUGGAGGCAUCUCAACGACGGUGGGGGCCACAGCAAGGCGUUGGUUUGGAGGGGGGCAACUGCGAACACGAAGCAGGAGAGGAGUCGGCUUUGCAUGGCUCCGUUUGUUUCGCUCCUUAAACUGCUUGGGAUCACCUGCGAUGGGAAGGGUGCCACUAAGGUAUGCCUGCCUGGUCAUGUGGUUUCUCCUGAUACUCCUGAUAUCCUCCACCAUCUUUUUCGUUCUGUUUUCUCUCCUUUCUUCCCUUCCUGUCUCUAA